CGCGCAGGCGCGGCUCCCGGCAGCAUGGCGGCCGCCUUGCUGCUGCUACGCGCCCUCCGCCAGAGCCCGGGUUCAGGUCCCCGGCGGUGGAGCCCAGGCUUCCCCGCCGGGGCUGGGAGCCGGCGGCCGUCUGUGGUCUGUAGGACUCCGGCGCUUCUCUCGGAGGCCGGGAGACGAGCCCUGCAGAGCUUAGAAUUGCGAACCCUAACCCCUACUUUUGAAGGCAUCAGUGGAUUACUAUUGAAACAGCAUCUAGUUCAAAACCCAAUCAGACUCUGGAAACUCAUAGGUAGCACUUACUAUUUUAACACUUCAGGUGUGAAGCAGAAGAAUAAAGACAGUGAUAAAACCAAAGGGCAAGUACCUGAAGAUGACGAAGAGAAGAGACGGAAGGAUCGGGAAGACCAAAUGUACCGUGAGCGGCUGCGUACCUUGUUCAUCAUCGCAGUGGUCAUGAGCCUGCUGAACUCGCUCAGCACCAGUGGAGGCAGCAUCUCCUGGAAUGACUUUGUCACUGAGAUGUUGGCCAAAGGCGAGGUACAGCGUGUGCAGGUGGUCCCUGAAAGCGACGUUGUAGAGGUCUACCUGUACCCUGGAGCUGUUGUGUUUGGGCGGCCUCGGCUGGCAUUGAUGUAUCGAAUGCAAGUUGCAAACAUUGACAAAUUUGAAGAGAAGCUUCGAGCAGUUGAAGAUGAACUGAAGAUUGAGAGCAAGGACAGGAUACCUGUUUCAUAUAAGCGCACAGGGUUCUUUGGAAAUGCCCUCUACGCCCUGGGGAUGACGGCCGUGGGCCUGGCCAUCCUGUGGUACAUUUUCCGUCUGACUGGGAUGACCGGAAGGGAAGGCGGAUUCAGUGCUUUCAAUCAGCUUAAAAUGGCUCGUUUCACAAUUGUGGAUGGGAAAACAGGGAAAGGAGUCAGCUUCAAAGAUGUGGCAGGAAUGCACGAAGCCAAACUGGAAGUUCGAGAGUUUGUGGAUUAUCUAAAGAGUCCGGAGCGCUUCCUUCAGCUUGGUGCCAAGGUUCCAAAGGGGGCCCUGUUGCUUGGGCCCCCCGGCUGUGGGAAGACAUUGCUAGCCAAGGCGGUGGCUACGGAGGCCCAAGUGCCCUUCUUGGCAAUGGCUGGUCCUGAGUUUGUGGAGGUCAUUGGAGGCCUGGGUGCCGCCCGUGUGCGCAGCCUCUUCAAGGAAGCCCGGGCACGGGCUCCCUGCAUCGUGUACAUCGAUGAGAUCGACGCAGUGGGCAAGAAGCGCUCCACUUCCGUUUCUGGUUUCUCCAACACUGAGGAGGAGCAGACCCUCAACCAGCUCCUGGUGGAGAUGGAUGGAAUGGGCACCACAGACCACGUCAUCGUCCUGGCAUCUACAAACCGAGCUGAUGUUUUGGACAGUGCUCUGAUGAGGCCUGGCCGGCUUGACCGACACGUUUUCAUUGAUCUCCCUACAUUGCAGGAGAGGCGAGAGAUUUUCGAGCAGCACCUGAAAGGCCUGAAGCUGACCCAGACCAGCAGCUUUUACUCCCAGCGGCUAGCAGAGCUGACCCCCGGAUUCAGUGGCGCAGACAUCGCUAACAUCUGCAAUGAGGCUGCGCUGCACGCUGCGCGGGAGGGGCACACAUCUGUGCACACGUUCAACUUUGAGUAUGCUGUGGAGCGCGUCAUUGCCGGGACUGCCAAAAAGAGCAAGAUCCUCUCCAAGGAGGAGCAGAAGGUGGUGGCCUUCCACGAGUCCGGCCAUGCCCUGGUGGGCUGGCUGCUGGAGCACACGGAGGCAGUGAUGAAGGUCUCCAUAGCACCUCGGACAAACUCUGCCCUGGGCUUUGCCCAGAUGCUCCCUCGGGACCAGCACCUCUUCACCAAGGAGCAGCUGUUCGAGCGCAUGUGCAUGGCCCUGGGUGGCCGGGCAGCUGAGGCCAUCUCCUUCAGCAAGGUCACUUCUGGGGCCCAGGAUGACCUGAGGAAGGUCACCCGCAUUGCCUACUCCAUGGUGAAGCAGUUUGGCAUGGCACCCACCAUUGGGCCUGUCUCCUUUCCUGAGGCACAAGAGGGUCUCACAGGCAUUGGACGACGCCCCUUCAGCCAGGGCCUGCAACAGAUGAUGGACCACGAAGCAAAGCUGCUGGUGGCCAAAGCCUACAGACACACGGAGAGGGUACUGCUGGACAACAUGGACAAGUUGCAGGCGCUGGCAAAUGCCCUUCUGGAAAAGGAAGUGAUAAACUAUGAGGAUAUUGAGGCCCUCAUUGGCCCACCGCCACACGGGCCUAAGAAAAUGAUUGCUCCACAGAGGUGGAUGGAUGCCCAGAGGGAGCAGCAGACUUCUGGAGACGAAGAGGCAGCUCCGCAGAUAGCUGGAACUCCCUGACGUCACUUGCUGUGACCCAGGAACUGCUUUCUUAGCUGUUCUCCUAGUUCCUUUCAGCUGGGAAUGGUUUCUGCAGAGGGUUUUUGAGAUCUAUUUAUUGAGUUACUUAUGUAUACUUAGUAAAUGUUCUUAGGGACUUGA